AUGGAAUCGGGAGGUGAAGAUUCGGCGUUGGCGCCGAUCUUGCUCAAGGACCCUACGGCGACCUCGUCUACCCUCGUAUGUCAGAACUUGGAGGGCCUCCUGUCACCCCUCGGCACCAGCGGACGCCACAUCGUGUUCGGUGCCAAUACGGGCAGCCUCUACUUUUUCAACCGCGCGGCGCUCCGCUUCCUGCAGCUGGUGUCGUCGCCCGAGAUCCGCGCCGCCGUGACCCACAUCCGCUUCUCGCCCGACGAGCGCUUCGUGGCUCUGUCCACCCUCGACGGCGAGCUCAUCGUGCUCGAACCCAAGCUGGGCACGCGGGCCAAGGAGCGCAUCGUGCUCCGGCACCACCUCCACCGCGACUCUGCCGCCGCCUCAUCAGCGACCACCGCACCACCGUCGGCCACUUCGUCAUCGCCGCCGCCGCCGUCCACGCUCGCAUCGGCCUCGGCCACCACUCCGGCCGCCCUGGGCGCUGCUGGCGCUGCGACGACGGCGGGCGGCGAUGGCCACGGGGUGACGUGUCUCACGUGGGCGCCGCGCGGGCAGGAAGACGAGAACUAUCUGUUCUCGAGCGACACGACGGGCGCGAUCAUGAUCACGCCGGUCAUCACGUCGCUCAUCAAGCGGUCGCUGCUGCUGGCGUCGGCCGGCCCCGAGCCGCUGUACAAGGCCGACUCGCGCGUGGUGCAGCUCGACUGCACGAGCGUGGCGGCGUCGACGACGGCGGCGAUGAAGCUGCAGCUGCUCAUCUCCACGCUCACCAAGUCGAUCCUGCUGACGAUCGACACCAACGCCAAGCAGAUCACGGGCCUCCAGGUGGGCAGCAAGCCGCGCAAGGGCAACUACGGCGCCUGCUUCUCCGCCUCGGCCUCGUCCGCGGAGACCUCAGCGUCGCGCUCGCCUACGGUGCUCUGUGCCGCCCGACCAGGUCGUCGCAUCUGGUUGGCCGAUGCGGUGACGGCCACGGUGCGUAAGACGCUCAACUUUUCCACGUCUCUCGAGCUGCUCCCCGCCUUCCCGACGAGCCCUGCCACCAACCUCACGCCUCGACCCAAGCUGGUCACCUUUGGGAAACUCACAACGUUCGGUGACGGCGACUACCUGCUCUCGUGGGACGAUGAGCGCACUAAGGCUCAGCACGCGCUGUGUCUCAUCGACGUUCAGAAAGUUGAGAUCCGCGCGUGGACGUGCUUCGCUGCUAUUCGAGACCUCUGUGUGCUGCCGCAGGAGGACUGCGUCUACGUUCUGCACGAGGCGAACGAGCCCAAGGGACCCGUGCGCACCCUGCUGUCCAAGAUCAGCAUUCCCCUCUCGCACACCGCCGCCCCGACGACUGCCCCUUCUGCGGCGGCCGCUGUCGACAACUCAACCGCAGCGCAGGCCGCUGACGCCACUGUCACUCCGGCGGCCGCUGUCGACACUCAGCCCGAGCCCACUCCCGAGCCGGCCAAGGACCAAGCGGCCGCGCCAGUGGAAGUGGCCCCACCCGCGGCGGUGACCGAGACCGUUCCCGUGGCGGCCAGUGAUGAGCCCGUAGCUGAGGCCGCCCAACAACUGGAGCCGACCAGCGCCGCCGUUGAAGCGGCGGCAGCGGUGCAGCCCACUUCGCCAGCUAUUGACCAGAAGGCGGACGACGACCACACGCCAUCAGAGCAGGCCGCCGUCGCCGCCGGCCAAGAAGGCAACGUGAGCCCCGCGGCCGAGACCCCGGAGCAGGUCACGCUAGCGGCUACAUCGUCGUCGUCGCUCGAGCUUACGUCCGAGCCGGCGGCCGAUGCGCAGCAGCCGACGAUCGAGACAGCCGCUGUCCCGAUCGAGCCACAAAUCGUCGAGGAGAAAGUGUCGACACCUGUUGAAGAUGCCGCGCCUGGCGUGCCGCCCGUCAGAUCGGUGUCGGACAUGACCGAAGCCGAAGGCUCCGCUGCGGCGGCGGCCGCCGAGUCGCCCGCAAAUGAUGUCAGCGACGGCGGUGAUGUGGCAGCAGCAGUGGCCGUGCGCCGCGUGCGGCCCGCCGCGUCGACCCUCCGCGAGAUUCUCUCCUCGUCGUCGUCGGGCGUCGCGCUCCCCGGCGCCACCAAUGCGCCGACCAUCACGGCGCCCUCGGCCCCGGUUCUCUCCCUCUCGGCCCCGGCCUCGCCCACGCUCUCUGCGUCGUCGACAGCGACCGCGCCACCGCCGCCGCUGCCGACGUCGCCCCUUCCCGUGCCCGCCACGUCAUCAUUACCGUCGACGGCGAGCGACGUCAAGCUGGCUUUUGUCACGCCCGAGUCGCUUGCUGACGUGGCAUCGCCGCCGUCGCCGCUUUCCAGCUCGCCGUCCUCGGCCAGUGCACUAGAGACACCCGCCGCCGACCCGUCGCCGGUCGGUCGGGCACCCGAGCCAACGGUCGCUCCCACGGUGGCUUCGGCUGCCGACCAGCCAAGCUCGGCCCCCGCCGCUGACCAGUCCCCCGCCGCGGGAGGCGAGGCAGCCGCCGCCGCCGCCGGGACUUCAGACCAGGCCAGCGCGGCCGCGGGUUCGCCGACGACGGAGCGCAAGGAGGCUGGAGCCGCGGCCAACAGCCUCAUGUCGACCAAGAAGUGGAAGGAGGAGAUCCAAAACGCAAGACGCCGUCGACAGGAGACAAGGAGGGUGAGUCGACACACGACGAAGCGCCGACGACGACGACGACCGCGGCUUCUUCGACCGCCGCAGCCGCCGCAACUGCGGCCGAGAAAGGAGAAAACCAAGAAAGAAAAGGAGGGAAAAGAGAAGAAAGAGAAGCAGAAGGAGGAGGAGAAGGCGAAGAAGGACAAGGCCGCCAAGGCCGAGACCGAGGGUAACAACAAGGAGGCCAAGAGCGCCGCGGGCCUCUUCAAGCGCGCCGCCAACACGCUCUUGGAGUCCACCAGCAAACCAGGCACCAUCUCCAGCUCCGAUGUGGCGGGACUCUUCAAGAAGGCCAAAUCGCUCGUUUCCAUAACCAAGUUUGCGGCUGGGCAUGACGCGAACGGCGCGGCGGCCGGACCCGCCCUCCCGCCCGGCGACGAGGCGGACGACCCGCAGAAGGCCUUCUGGCAGCUCAGCAAGUCCCUCUUCGAAGUCCUCGCCUCGUCGCUCCCCGCCUCCACCAAGUUCACCACCGAGACGCUCGAGAAUAUGAAGGAGUGGGUGGAGGAAUGGAGCAGCCUCGCGGCGUCGCCCGAGGGCCUGCCGCCCACCUGGGUCACCGAGAUCCUCACCGCCUGCUUCGAGCAGCACGUCCUCCCCUCCCUCGCCUCCUCCCUCCCCAACGAAUUCGCUGUCGACAAAAGCGAAAACGAAAGCGAAGACGAAAGCGAAGACGAAGACGAUGAGGAACGGGCGUGGAAGUUGCGCGAGCGGGAUUUGAUGGCGUUUCUCGAUCGCUAUUUCGCGCUGCUCGAUCACGACCGGGUGCUGUUCUUCUGCAACGCCCACCGGCUGUCGCUCUGCAUCUCGUUCUUCCUCCACACGGAGCAGAUCCUGCUCCACCAGACCGCGGCCCUCACCCCGGCCACCGCCGCCACCGCCGCCGCUCAGUACCUCGUCCAGCUGUGGCAGGCCCUCGAGAACCUCCUCCAGCCCCAGCUCGGCGCACCCGACGCGGAGAGGGAGGGAGCGGCGGUGGAGGAGGCGCUGACGGUGCUGCGCAAGGCCGACAACAACCUGAGCCUCGUGCUCCGCUUCCUGCCGGCGCUCUUCGCCAAGUCGCCGCGCGUCACGGCCCAGUACGCGGCCUCACUUUACCCGUUCGUGCGGUCGUGGAACGUGCGCGACGCCCUCCCGCCCUCACCCGUCGUCACCUCGGCCUCGGCUUCGGCUGCCACGUCGUCGUCGUCGUCGUCAGCUGCGCUCCUCCCGCCAUUCUCUGCGUCGACGUAUAUUCGAAAAGUUCACCAGUGCCACGUCAGCGCCGGCGGCUCUGGGGUGCGGCCCUUCGUGAGCGCGAUCGACUACGACGAGCGGUGGGCGGUCUACGCGGACUACCUCGAGCGGCUGGUCGAGCGCCACGACGAGUGCCGUCGCGAUCCACGAAUCGUGCACGAAUUGUUCGAGUGCGCGCUUCAGCAGGGCGUCGAAGUGGCAUCUCAGGAAUUCGGCCUGGCAUACCGCGGCGCUGCUCUCGACAGCAAUGAUGACGUCAGCGGCGACGAGCCCGCGAGCCACCAGGUAUGGCGGCAUGGGCUGUUCUUCGACGACGAAGGCCGGCCGCGCGUUGGGCCGCGCGAUCUGCGGUGGAAGCGGGACGGCGCCGUGCUGCGGCCCAUCCUGCGCGACGGCGCCCAGCGCAAGUACGCCCACCGCCCGCGGCGGCUCCUGUACCUCGCCAAGCGGUACGGCCACUUCGAAGCGGUCAAGGAGUUGGCCCUACGCGUCGACGACGUGCCCACCGCCCUCGAGGUGGGAGUGUUCACGGACGAUUGGGACUGCGUGUCGCGAUUGGCGCAGCGCCACGGCGACCCGUGGUUCUGGCAGCACCUGCUGGCCUUUGCCGCGGCGCUUUGGCGCCGGGAGGGCCGCCUCUCCUCGUCCGCGCAACAAGAAAGCGAAAACGAAAGCGAAAGCGAAGCGACAACAAAGACGAAGACGCCUGGUGCGAAGAGCGAAAGCGACGGCAAGGCCCAGAGGAAGAAGGGCAUACUGCUCGAGGACGUGGUGGCGCACAUGAUCAAGGCGCUGGGCCCGAUCCCGGCCUUCGAGAUGAUCGCCGCCUCGGGCUCGGACGACGUGGGCGAGCUCGCCACCGUCUUCCCGCCCGUCGCCUACCGCCACUUCGUCCACGCCGUCAACGUCGACAUCCAACACAAGGAACUCGUCUAUUGGAUGUUGAAGCGGGUGCUGGAGGACCUGUGGCUGGACAAGCACACGAAGCGACCGCCGACGAUCGCCCCGCAGUUCCGGGCGGUGAAGGACGCCGAGGUGGCGGCCCAGCUCGACGCGUUGCCCUUCCUCCACCGCCUGGGCACCGCCGCCGCGCCCUCGGCCCUCGGCCCGCGCGAGAAGGCGACCGGGGCCGCGGCGGCCGCAGCUGCCCUGUCGACGCCCAACGAGAAGAAGUACAACAUCGGGUUCGACUACACCACGCCGACGCCGCGCUUCUUCGAGGAGAUGACCGGCCAUUGGGGCCUCCGCCAACAGCUCGUCUCUGGUUCGUGCGAGUGCUGUACGCUGCCGCUGGCGGAGAGUGUGGGCCGGUCGUCGUCGCUGGUGGUGUUCGAGUGUGGUCACGCCUUCCACGAGUUCUGCGUGGCCGAGGACGCGUGCCCCGUCUGCCUCACCUCCCACAUGCCCUCCCUCUCCUCCUUCCUCUCCUCCAUCCCUUCUGCACCUCAUCCACGUGAUUCUAAACAAGCAGCUUUUUGA